CACAUCUCAGGCCCAUGUGACACAAGGGCCGUUUGGGACAGUUUCGGAGUCCAACGCACCCUUCACUGAACAGUUUGAUGGAGAAUCGGGCGGAUGACAGCAGGAACUGUCGUGAUCACUGGCGGAAUACUAGCAACAGUUAUCUUGCUGUGUAUUAUCGCUGUUCUCUGCUAUUGUAGGCUACAGUAUUAUUGCUGCAAGAAAGAUGAAUCCGACGAACAGGAAGAAGAGGAGGAAGAGGAGGAAGAGGAAGCCGACUUCCCCCCUCACUCACACUAUGCCAUGUGCAAUGCCUGCAACUCUCGUAUCAUGGACGGGCAAGGCAACUUCUCCUACCCACCCCACGAGCUUACCAAGCAGGGCAAUCGGAACUACUGCCCGACCUGUUCCCCCUAUAGCUCCCCCUUUUACAUACGGACCGCUGAUAUGGUACGCAACGGGGGCGAGAGGAUCACCUAUGCGCCUACGUGCUGCAAGGAGAUGGGGCUGCCCAUCAAAAUGGCGACCUUCCAGAGUUACCCGGUGACCCACCACUGUAUCAUACACGAAACCUUUCCAAACCCGAGGGCUUUUAGUACAGAAGUAUGAUAGUUGUUUCUCACAGGGUGCUUCCGUAGGAU